AUGCACUUCGGAAUCACCGCCUCCUCCUUCCUCCUCUUUUGCGCAGGCGCACUGGGUAGCGGGGACUACAAGGUCUCGCAGUAUUCGAGCACCGACUGCUCCGGCAACCCCAUCCGCGUGGAUGCCAACGGCGAUGCGAGGAUCCUGGCGGGCAAUACGGCGAGCUUGAAGUUCGGCCAGACCGAUGACAGCCACGUCUGGCAGGGCUUUGACGGCGCUGUGUUGGACAGCGUCAGUGGCAACUGCUCGGGGACCCAGAUAUGGGAUGAUGUCGCCGAUGGUUGCAAUAAGGUGCCACUCGAGAACGACGACCUAUCGCAGAAGAUUGUCAGUUGUGUGAUGGGCGCAGAUAGCCCUUAUGCCUAG